UCGCGUGAGUUGGUUCACUGGAUCAGAAUCUCAAGAGAAGGAUUCCUGUGACCCCUUGUUAUCCUCGUACAUCGUUCUCAAUAUCGGAUUAAGAUUUCCCAAGUGAUAAAGUGAAGUGGUUGUGUUUAAUGUGAUUUUAUAUCAAUUCGGAUUUUUAUCUAUCAUACUCCCAAUUUUAUUUUUGCGGAAAAUCUGGAGACCAAUAUUGAAACUAAAAAGAAAUUUUAGGAGCAAGUUCUCCUAUAACAAUGGAACGUUUAUGUGAAUGAAUACUAAAAGAUAGACAAGUACCCCUUCCUGGGAAAUUCGAGAAGUUCGUUUAGGUGGUUUAGGUAAUUCUAAGUGGCGCGCAAUAUUCCAUCAUUCUGAGUUCACUGUGGCCAUUUGGGCUCGCCACGAAGCCCGAGUACCUGUCCCCAGCCUCACAGAGUCCCUGCAGUCUCACCCCAUCGCCAUCACCGUCUUCCGUGUCAAUGGUGGAGACAACAUCGCCGGGUAUUCGGACCUGUGGGAGUCCCAUUGUUGCCCCAAUUGCUGACUCUGCCUCGCCAACCAGCUACCUCACCACGGCUAUGCUGCUAGGCGGACAGGGAUGUGGCUACCUCGGUCAGAGACUCCAGUUCAAGCACCAAGAAAGAUCAGACAGUCACCAGACUGUCGUACAGAAUCACACACCAAGCAAUUCCAGAGUAUCUGGAUCUGCAUCCUCUUCCCUCUUCACCAUCGACAGCAUCUUGGCCCCAAAGCCGUCGCACAGUCCCACCAGUUCUCCACCUACCACAUCAGCAGCCAACAGUCCCAUCAGACCAGCUCGAGUUCCUGCCAUGCUUCAUCCCUCAGGACUGCAUCUUGGUCACCUGGCCGCCGCUGCAGCGAGUGGAUUCGGUGCCACGUCAGACUUUCUUGUGGCUUAUCCAAAUUUCUACCCCAACUACAUGCAUGCAGCGGCUGUUGCUCAUGCUGCUGCCACCCAAAUGCAAGCCCAUGCUACUAUGGGUCACCAUGGGGGACUUGGAGGACCUCCACCAAAGCGGAAACGACGUCACAGGACAAUCUUCACGGAGGAACAGUUGGAACAAUUAGAAGCCACCUUCGAAAAGACUCACUAUCCUGACGUCGUCCUUCGAGAGCAACUGGCACUGAAAGUUGAUCUCAAAGAGGAAAGAGUUGAGGUAUGGUUCAAGAAUCGUCGAGCCAAGUGGAGGAAGCAGAAGCGCGAGGAACAGGAGAGACUGCGUAAGUUACAGGAUGAGCACAAUGGAGGAAAUUCUGGAAGUAUCACGAGUAUCAAAACUGAAGAUAUGCCUUCUCCAGUUCUUCCUCUCUCCACUUCCAUUCACAAUUUUAGCGAUGCCGAAGACUCUUCUGACCUAGAAGUGGCAUAAGUUUCCCGUAAGGAUCUUUCUGUGAGACUCUUCCUUCGCAGUAUGUCUAUUGAAAUUCAUUGACAAAUAAUGGAGCACGUACAAUAACUCCUCUUUUGCAAACAUGUUGUUAAAAACAUGUUCACAAAAUAGAAAUAUUAACUGUGUACUCCAUGAGUUACAAAAUUUACCAAACAUAAGGGAAGGCAUUCAUGCUUCGCACAUACUCUUACUCUGGCAUCGAACACUUCAUAUUUUUCCCAUAUACCUUUAACUAAAUUGACCUAAUGGCAAUAUAUUUUAAUAGCCAGUGUUAAGUCACACAUUUCCUGAACAAAUUAGGUAAAAUUCAUUAAAGGAAUAUGAUAAAAAUAUGAAAUGUCCCAGGCCAGAUAUGUGCGAAGCCUUAAAGCCUUCCCCUACUGUUUUUAAAUCAUUCAAAAAAUUAUUUUAGUGAGAGAAGAACUGACAAAAGGUGUGACUUUUUCAUUUUAUGAACGAGAGUCUUGUUAGAUAAUUUAAUUUGUAUAGAGAGAAACCUAUAUUUAAAAAAUUCAGCUAAUAUGAAUGUGAUAUAGAACCCCUAAAAAUAUUAAUUUACACCCAAAAAACAGAUAUAUAAUUAAAAAAAAAGAUAGAAAGUAAUGGAAAUAGAUAAAAGGAUAUAAAUGUACAUUUUAUCAAAUAUUCCACUAUUUUAGUGCGUAAAUUCUCAGUAAAGAGUAAAACUUGUACAGAUACACCAAAUUGAAUCAAUUAAUCCGUAUGUUUAUGUAUUUAGAACACUAUUAUCAAUAUUAAUAAUAAAUAAAAUAAUAUCAUUCGGAAAACCAAAAAAA